GGCGAGUUACGUGCGUGAUUACGUCGGAGAGCGUGCGGACCGAUGGCCAUGGCGACCUGGUGCUGGGGCACGCGAGUGCUGCGGAGUGGCGGUCGCUUCCUGUUGGGUCGACCCGGCGGAAGGUUAUUCUGUACUGCUACACAGCAAAAAAACACAAGACAAAGCUAUGAAGAUGACCAGAGCAAUCCUCAGAAUGAAGACAAAGGGGAACUAAACUCAACAGAGAAAACGCUGAUGGAAGAAAAGGCUAAGCUAGAGGAGCAACUCAAGGAUCUUACAGACAAAUAUAAAAGAGCACUGGCAGAUACUGAAAACUUGCGUCAAAGAAGUCAAAAGCUUGUUGAAGAAGCUAAGUUAUAUGGUAUUCAAGGAUUCUGUAAGGACCUUUUGGAGGUGGCAGAUGUUCUUGAAAAAGCAACAGAGAGUGUACCCAAGGAAGAAAUCACUGAAGCGAACCAUCACCUGAAGCACCUCUACGAAGGUCUCGUCAUGACAGAAGGGCAACUUCAGAAAGUGUUUUCAAAGCAUGGCCUUGUCAGACUGAAUCCCAUUGGGGCCAAGUUUGAUCCCUAUGAGCAUGAAGCUCUUUUCCAUAGUCCUGUGGAAGGGAAGGAGCCAGGCUCUGUGGCACUGGUGUCCAAGAUAGGGUAUAAGCUCCAUGGACGCACUCUACGACCAGCUUUAGUUGGAGUUGUCAAAGGAGUAGAAUAAUGGUGAUUAGGACUACCUGAUGCACAGUAAUUCUAGAAAGACCAUGAUAGAUCAGAUUCUUUGGCUAAUGGAUUUUUAUGUCUGACUGUUUCUGAAGUAUUGAAAAUGGUACUGAAUUCUGCAACAAAUAAGGGUCUGCAGUUAUGUAAAAGAUUUCCCUAUUAAAGGUGUGCUGACUUAAAAUUAGCUACUUUUUCUGGUUCCGGUAUUGAUCAUCGAAAAAUAUUCAGAUAUUUAUUAAGCAUCUCCCAAGUUUAAAUGUUGGAGUGGCCCACUUGCAUUCAGUACCUUCACAGAGCUACUUUUAAUGAUGUAAUUAUCUGUUAGCAGCAGGCCUCAUCUCACUCUUCCCUCCUGAUUACACUUACACAUCCAGUUUUUUUGUAACAACAAUCUUCAUUUCAGAUGGGAAGAAAACAAGGUGUUCACUUGUAUGGAUUUAAGGGUAUUACAUCUUUAAAAUUGUGAAUUGUACACUGUACAAAAUUGAAUUUAUUUAAAUUCUUUUGGAAAAUCGAUUUAUCCUUAGUGUUGGAUAUUGUGAAAAUUAUUCCGUACAUGUCCUGUGCAUUACAAGAGAUGUGAAUAGUUUUUCUUCAAUUGUGGAAUCUGCAAGAAGCUAGUACAUUCAUUGAAGGUACUGCAAUAUUUAACAUAAAAUUGACCAAUUAAGAUAAUGGUUUGAAUAUAUUCUAAAUAUUGGAUUAAAUUAGGAUCACAAAUUUUUAAUUAUGAGUUCUUUGUCCAGGAGAGAGUAAGGGGGAGUAAACCUCAAUUUUAAUUAAGUUAUGCGACAACUUCCUUUAUCCAGUUAAUAUUAUUAUUAAAUUUAUUUCAUUCUUAAAGUCCAUUUUAUUUUUUUUUCAGUUAAUCUCAUGGAGACUUGCACAAUUGUAAAUUACACUAUGUUAUAUUCAAUAAAAAGCAAGACUGCAGAUACUGGAGUCAUUAUCACGUCUGAAGUUGGUGAAGUGCACUA